AUGAGUCUCCCUCAAGAUGUCGAGUUUAGUCCAGCUAGGACCACCCUUCAUUGGGCCCAAAGCGACUAUGAUUAUGAUCAAGUUCAGUAUGCCGACUUUAGCCAAAUACAGGAAGCCAAAUAUGGAGAUCAUAAUCCCAGGGACUCGAUAGCCUCUCUCACCAACUCAGAGCCAUCAUCAGCCCCUCUCUCAAAGAACGCCAAGAAGAACAAGAAGAAGGCAGCGAAGAAGAAGGCAGCCAAGGAGGCUGAGAAGGAAGCCGAGAAGGAAGCCGAGCCACAACCCGAAGCCGAAACUGUGCCGACACCAGCCGCGGAGCCGACGCCGGAGCCGACAACGGAGGCCAAGGAGGAAGCCGAGGGGGAGGCUUCGGCCGCCAAGAAGAAGAACAAGAAGAAAAAGAAGAAGAACAAGAGCAGCGUCGAUUCGACACCUGCUACAUCUUCUGACUCUCUUGCCCCCGCUGCCGCCGAGCCAACAUCAGAAGCCCCUGCGACUGAAGAGCAACCCAAGGUUAAGGAGGUCAAGGAACGCAGUCUCGAGGCCCUUGCUGCUGAGAGCAAGCAGAACGAGGAGCCCAGGACUGAGGAGAAGGUUGAGGAAACCAGUGCCCCUGCUGCUGCUGCUGAGCCAACGCCUGUCGCCGAGGUGACUGGGACCAAGGAGACUGAAGCUCCCGCUGCUGAGGUCGCCACACCCGAGGUCAAGGAGGAGGAAAAGCCCACAGAAGAUGAUGCUCCCGCCGCUGAAGCUGCUGCUCCAGUAGAGAAGGUCGAAGAUGCUGCGUCCUCAACGCCCGCCCCUGAGCCAGAAGCUGCCGAGGAGGCUGCCUCCACACCUGCUGCUGACCCCACGCCAGCAGAGGCUGCCGCUGAGGUGAAGGAGGAGCCAGCUGCCGAGUCCAAGUCUGAGGACGUCGCGGAGGCGCCUGCUGCCGAGACAGUGGUCGAAGCCGAAAAGUCCUUCGCUGAGGUUGCGGCCCCAGAUGUUACUGAGGGUGCUGCCCCCGUUGUCAUUGAUCUCAAGUCUGAGCCUGAGGCUGAGAAGCCUCAAGAGGAGACCAAGGAGGUUGGGGCGUUCAAGGUUGAGGAGCCAGCUAACGAGGCUGAGAAGACCGAGGAGGAAUCCGCCCCUGUUGCCGACGCCACCCCAGAGCCUACGCCUGUUGAGCAGUCAACACCUGCUGAGGACGUCAAGCCUGCUGAGUCUGAGAAGACUGCCGAGCCAGAGGUUGAGCCUACUCCUGAGACCAAGGAGGAACCCGCCACUCAAGCUAAGGAGGAGCCAGUUGCCGAACCAGUCCCUGAGGCUAAGGAGGAGGCCGCUGCUGCCGAGCCAGUUAGCGAGGCCAAGGAGGAGCCUGCUGUCGCUGAGUCAGUUGCCGAAGCGAAGGAGGAACCUACUGUCGCCGAGCUUGUCACAGAGUCCAAGGAUGAACCAGUUGCCGAGGUCGCCAAGGAAGAGACUGCUGUUGAGACCAAGGAGGAGGCCACCCCUGACGUCAAGGAGGAGGUUGCCCCCGAGACCGAGGUCAAGGCUGAGGCUGCUCCCGAGGUGAAGGAGGAGCCCGCUUCCGAAGUCAACGAGGAAGCCGCUGCAGCUGCCCCUGAAGUUAAGGAGGAGGGUACCCCCGAGAUCAAGACUGAAGAGGUUGAGGUCAAGACUGAGGAUAUCCCUGAGGCGAAGGAGGAAGCCGCUCCUGAGGUCAAGGAGGAGGCUGCCGCUGAGGUUAAGGACGAGACUCCCGAGGUCAAGGAAGAGGCUGUCGAAAUCAAGACUGAGGAGGCUGAUGUCAAGAUUGCGGACAUUCCCGAGGCGAAGGAGGAGGCUGCUCCUGAUGCUAAUGAGGAGGCCACUCCCAAGCCUGCCGUUGAGGCCACCCUUGAAGUCAAGGAGGAGACUGCCACAGAGACCAAGGAAGAGGCUGUUGUGGAGCCUACUGCUGAGGUCAAGGAGGAGCCCGUCGUCGGCGCCCCCGCAGAGGCCAAGGACGAAGCCCCUGUUGAGGCUGUGCCUGAAGCCAAGGAGGAUGUUGCUGCUGAGACCAAGGAGCAGUCCACCUCUGACGAGAAAGACGAGCCUGUUGCUGAGGUUGAACAACCUACCGCUGAGACCAAGGAAGAGGCCGCCCCUGAGGCUAAGACUGAGGCUGUCCCAGAAGUCACGGAUGCCGUACCCGAGACCAAGGACGACGCUGCCCCCGAAGCCAAGAAGGAAGCUGUUGCUGAGCCCAAGACCGAGGUGGUCGAGGAGCCCAAGGAUGAGCCUGCUGCAGAGAUAACUGUGGAGGACAAGGAUGUAUCUUACGCUGAAGUUGCCGCUGCUGAGCCCGCCGCCGAGGCCAAGGAGGCUACUCCUGAGACCAAGGAGGAGACUGUCCCUGAGACCGAGGAGGAGCCAGCUGUCGAAGCCAAGCAAGAGCCUGCUCCCGAGACCAAGGAUGAGCCCGCUGCUGAGGCAAAGGAGGACACCACCACUGAGACAGUUGCUGAGUCCAAGGAUGAGCCAGUGGCUGAGGUCAAGGAGACUGCCCCUGAGCCUGCCGUUGAGGCCAAGGAGGAGCCAGUACCCGAGACCAAGGAGGAGUCUGUUCCUGAGCCUGCUGUUGAAGCUAAAGAGGAGGAUGCCCCAGAGCCAGCCCCUAAGACUAAGGAGUCUGCUCCUGAGCCCCCGGUUGCUGAAACCAAGGAGGAGCCUGCCGUUGAAACCAAGGAGGAACCUGCCGUUGAGGCUAAGGAUGAGCCAGCGGUUGAGACCAAGGAGGAGUCUUAUGCUGAAGUCGCCGCGGCUGCUGUCGAGACCAAGGAGGAAACCGCCACCGAGACAAAGGAUGAGCCCGCGGUCGAAGCCACGGAGGCUCAGGUUGAGGAGUCUGCUCCUGAGCCCGUUGUUGAGGCCAAGGAGGAGCUCACCCCAGCGCCAGUAGAGGAGGCGAAGGAUGUGCCUGCCGCGGAGCCUACUUCUGAGGUGAAGGAAGAAGCUGAGCCAACUUCCGUCGAGGACUCCAAGCAGGAGGAGCCCGAGGUCAAGGAGGAGUCCUACGCUGAGGUCGCCGCCGCUCCCGCUCCGGAGGAGACAGUCAAGGAGGAGAAGCCCGCAGUUGACCCGAGCCCGAGACUGCUGAGGAGCCUGCCAAGCCCGAGGAGGCCAAGGAGGGGGUCGCUGCUGAGCCUGCUGUCGAGAAGACUGCUGAGCCUGCUGCCGAGCCUGCUGCCGAGCCUGCUGAGGAGACUGUCGUCGAGUCUACUCCUGAGAAGGUCACCGAACCCGUUGAGGAGAAGUCUGCUGAGCCGGUUGCUGAGAAGGCUGUCGAACCAGUUGGGGAGAAGGUUACCGAAGCUGCCGAUGAGCCUGUCGCCGAGCCUGUCGCCGAGAAGGCUGCCGAGCCCGAAGCUGAGAAGGCUGCCGAGUCUACUGACGAGACCGUCGCCGAGCUCAAGGAGCAGGUUGCCGACACUGUUGCUGCGACUUUUUCUGAGCCAGCUGAUAAGGCUGCCGAAGAAGCUGACAAGUCGACUCCAGUUGUGGAGAAGACCGAGGAAGAGUCGGCCGCUGUUCAAGCUGAGAGUGCUUCCGUUGCUGAGGCUGUUCCAGCUGUCGAAGAAUCCGCCAAGGCUGCCGAGACCGUUGAGGAGAAGGCCGCUCCCGUCGAGGAGGCCCCGGAGACUACCCCUGAAGCCUGCAGCUGAAGUCAAGCCUGAGACUGAAACCGAAGUUGCUGCCCCCGCCUCUACUGAGGAGGUUGACAGCACCCCAGUUUCUGUCGACAGGGCUAUUGUCGAGGAGACUCCUGCUCCUGUCGAAGAGGUCGCCAAGGUCGAGCCUACUGAAGAGAUCAAGCCUGCCUCAACCGAGGACGCCAAGGUUGAAGUCGCUGAGACCAAGCCUGAGGAGACCAAGAUCGAAAUUGUCGAAGAGGCUCAGCCUGAAGUUGCCGAGACCGCCACUGAAGCUGUUGAGGAGACCAAGGUUCCCGCACCUGUGGAGGAGGCCAAGGCCGAGCCCGCUGAGGAGACCAAGACUCCCGAGCCUGUCGAGGAGGCCAAGCCUGCGCCAGUAGAAGAGGUCAAGGCUGAAGCUGUCGAAGACGUCAAGACUGAAGCUGCUGAAGCGCCCAAGGCUGAUCCAGUCGAGGAGGUCAACGCUGUUGAGCCGGUCGAGCAAGUUAUCGCCCCAGCUGCUGAGAGUGUCGAGGCACCCAAGGAAGAGUCCCAGCCUGAGCCAGUGGUCGAGAGAUCCCUUGUCGUCGAAGCUCCCGUCGAAGCUCCCAAGGAUGUUGCCGCUGAACCCGUGGUCGAGGCGCCUAUCGAAGCACCCAAGGAGGUCGUUGCUGAGCCCGUUGUCGCGGCGGCCAGAUCCCUUCCCGAGACUGUCGAGAAGGUUGAGCAGGAGGAGAGUAAGGACACCGUUGGGCCAAUCCCCAGCGAGAACAAGGAUGAGAAGGCUUCAGGUGAGGAACACCCAAUCCCAGUAUUGCUUGAUACCCCCGGUGGCUUGGCAGGAGAGGAGAUUUCAGAAUGCAUUUCGGAGCCAAAGGACACGGACACGGACUUGCAACAACCGGAUACCCAUGAUACCCCCAUUACCCAUGAUACCCAUGAUACCCAGGACGCGAGUGCGGCUAUUUCUUCUGUACACAACAAUGAUACCCUUGACACACCUAAUAUCGAUAAUACCCCUGGCGAGAAGGAGGUCGUCCCGGAGACGACCGAUGAGACAGAAGUCACGGUGGACGACAAGGAGGCUGUCAAGACAGUGGAAGAGGACAAGUCUGAUGUCACACCAUCGGACGAGGAUCUUGCGGCGGCGGAGUCCAAGGAACCGGCGUCUUCCAUCCAGGAGCCCGAGGCCAAGGACGACAAACCAGAGACUGAGGCAGCCCCCGAACCUGAAAUCGCCCACGCGGAGACGGCGCCAGUCGCCGAGGCCGAACCAGUUGUGGAGAGCACCCAGAUCGAAGAGCCCACCCUGCCAGAGGUGAAGACACCAUCCGCUGACGUUGAAGAAGCUCUGGAAGAACCCCCCUCUAGGACCAAGGAGCCCACUGAAGACUCCUCUCCUGUCGUCACUGAUGAUGCUAGCAUUACUGUGGAGGAAGCCACUCAGCAGUCUGAGGAGGAGAAGGAGCAGCCCAUCAUCGAACAGUCUAGCACCGAAACCCCUGCCGUUCAAGAAUCCGUCGAUGUCACCAGCACCCCAGAAGUUGAGAAGUCGGUGGUUGAGGAAGUUGCUGUUCCGGAGAAGGAGGAGGUUGCUCCCGAAGUCGAGUCUGUGGAGAAGACUGAGGAGGUUGAGCCAGUUGAAGUAUCAGAUGCCAAGGUCGCCCAGUCCGUCGACGAUGCUCAAGCCGAAAACGACAAGUCCGACAGCCCAGUUGCUGCUGUUGCGGUUGCUGCCGGCAUUGCUUCUGCUGCUGCUAUCGCCGCUACCGCCGCCUCAAUCGAGGAGCCUGCCGCUGUCGAGAAGGCUGUUGUUGAUGAGCCUGAAGUAUCCGAGAAGACUGAGGAGCCGAUCAAAGUUGACGAGCCUGUUGCUGUUGCCGAUAAGUCUGUUAUUGCCGAUGAACCUGCCACCACCGAGGAGAUUGUCAUUGCCGCUGCCGAAGAGCCUAUCGAGACUGACAAGCCCACUAGUGUCAGCGAAUCACGCAGCAUUGACGAGCCGCCCGUCUCUGUCGAGGAACAUGUUAAUGCUGAGCACGUCGUUCCUGCUGCUGCUGUUCCUUCGGAGAUCUCAGCCAGGUCUGUGGAGUCAGCUAUUGACACCGCUUCAGUCGUGGCUGAGAACGAGGCGCCCGUAGUCGUCCCGGCCCAGGAACCGGAGCAAAUCUCUGACGCUGCUUCUGAGGACUUUGUCCUGAUUGAAGCAGAAUCCAUCCCCAAGGAGGCAACCGAAGAGGAAGCGGUUCUCAUCGACCAAUCCAUUGCCUCGCUCAAGCAGGUCGCCAGUGAAGUCGAAACAGAAGCCCCUGCAGCAGCUGUUGAGGAGAAGUCCGUCAACGAGACGGUUGUGGAGCCUGCCGUCGAAGUGACUGCCCAACAAGCCGCCGAACCCGAUGUUGAGUCUACCACCAAGCCUGACGCCCCUAAGGAGGUGUCUGUGUCCGGCUUUGCCAUUCCUGUGGCUGCUGCCGCCGGAGCUGCUGCUUUCGGGGUUGCCGCCGUUGAAGCGACCAAGGAGGAGGCUCCAGUCACCGAACGCUCGCUCCCCAAGUCUUUGGCCCAGGUUGAGCGUGAUGACGUUGUUUCGGACUACGAUCCUAGAGAUACCAAUCUCUCAUUCGGUACACAGACAACUUACCCACUACCUACUGACACAUCUUUUACCUUGCCGACUGACACAACCUACACAUUGCCAACUGACACAUCAUUCUCGCUGCCUACCGAGAAGACUGCUUCCGAAUCUCUUUCCAGGGGUCUUACCUCGACUGAGGAGUCGAAGAAAGAAGAAACCUCUGAAGGCAAGUCUUUUGCUAAGGAACUCGCCCUUGGUGCAGGCGUUGUAGGUGCUUUGGGUGCUGCCACCGCCGUGGCUGCCCACACAGCUUCGGAUAAAGAGUCUAGUGAUGCGGUGAAGCGCCUGGAGGCGUAUGCCGCCAUUUUCGAUGACGAACCCAAGGACAAGGUCUCCAGCCGCUCUCUUCCCCAAGAUGGCGCCAAGAACACGACAAUCGAGUCUUCUGAGGCUGUAAGCGAGACGGUUCCGCUCACUGAAUCUUUCCACAUGGUGGACAAGAGGGACGGCCAAGAGGUGGCGAGGGGUGGUGUAGAGGCGAAGAGUGAUGGUGAGGACAUUGUUGCCGCGCGGCCUGCUAUUAUUGCUGUUACUUCUGCUGGUCCCAAGGAAACGAUAACUGACGAUGCCGUUCUUACCACUCAAAGGUCAACAAUUCCAGGAUCCCGAGGACCCGAUGAAACCCAAGGAGAAGAAGUCAUUGUUGACUUCCGUGUACCCACCCCUGCUCUUAUUCUUCCUGACCUCAAUGACCCUGUGGCUCGCGAGUUAGGCCGGAUGCGCAGUUUGCGCCGGCAGCGCAGAAACACGAUCAAGCAGGCGGAAGAGAUGGUGGCAGCCGCCGUCGUCUUGUACGCCACAGCCGAUAUUCUCAGCCCGCCAGGAAGUCCGACAACCGAAAAUCCAGGAGCCGAUGUCCUUGGUCUAACCGAAAUGCAUUCUGACGUGAAGGGGAAAGGAAAGGAGGUGCAAGUGUUUACCGAUGGAGAAAGAGGGAGGCGCAGAUCGAGGGACGAGCAAGAAAUUUCUGCUCUCGUGACUGACCUCUCAGCAGACAAAGACAGGUCGAGGACUGAUGAAGGCAGACGAAGACGCCGUAGCCAUCACUCGAGCCGCUCUUACCGUGAUCUUGAAAGCCGUGAUCGUGACCUUGGUGAUGCUCACGACUAUCGAGAUCUCAGCAAGGACGGCUCGCGGCACUCUUAUUCUCGCCGCCACCGAUCCGAGAGCUACAAUUCGUCUCGCUCUCUUGGCGCUGAUGAGCGCCCUCGCACUCCUCCCGCACAAGACAAAGACAGCAACUAUCCUCCUGAACACCGAAGCCCUCGCAAGCAACGCACACCCGAGGAGCAGGCUGCUCACGACAAGCGAAAGGAGGAGCGCCGCCGUCUCCGUGAACUCGAGAGGGCCAGGGAGGAGAUACCAGCUUCUCCCACCUCGCCAGCCAAAGAAGAGCGCGUCAAGGAGAGAUCAGCACCCCGUCAACGAUCUGAGCGUGAUCUUUCCGAACGUGAUCGUUCUGAUCGUGACCGCGCUGAACGCUCUGAGCACCGCCGUCGUCGCCAUAGUCACAGCCGCGCCAGCGUGGAGUUUGAUGUGCCAUCUUCCAGCAGGAAGACGGAGCCCGUCUUGAACUCCAGAGAAGGGGUGUCCAUGCCACCUUCAGCUUCCAGGACAUUUCCACCCGAACUCAAGCGCUCCAGCACUGGUCGCAGCUCCAGGGCUCGCAGGUCCGAGAGAUCAGAGCGGUCAGAGAGGUCUGAUGACCGACUGGCUCGUGACGACGAUUAUCGACCCAGCAGCCGAGAGCACCGCGAACAUCGCGAGCCUAGAGUACGCAGGUCCGAGGAUCGGAUUGUUCGUGACGAGGAGGUCCCCCGGCCAAGAAGCAGCAAGAGAUCAACAGCCAAUGUGCUUGACACUAAAGAUUCGGCCGCCUCUGUCGGCGAGGCUUCCAUCAGCAAGGGUGCCGCCUCGAUCAGCAGCACUGGCGAGCACGAGUCAGCGUCUCACCGAGCAAAGAGGCAGGAGAAGCGCGAGAAGGUGCGGGAGAGCGAGACCAAAGAGAAGGGCGGUAUUCGUGGUGCUUUCAAGCGUCUUUUCACGAGAGGUUAA